UUUGUUGUUGGUAGUAUUCCCACACACACACACACACACACACACAGUCAGUGUUUGUAGCUCCUCUCUGAAGGCGUUGCAGGAUUUUAAACGUGAGCGUCGGCAGCGGAGCGGAGCUGCAGCUUCUCUAUAUGAAGGGCUGAUGGAGGACACACGGGACCUGGCUGAACGCACCCCACGUUCAGAGCGUAAGCGGCGAGACUCAUUUGGGAUGUUCGAUGGCUACGACAGCUGCAGCGAUGAGUCCACCAGCAGCUCCAGCUCAGAGGACAGCGAGGACGAGGUGGUGCCGUCCAUCCCUGUCAGCCUGCCCAUCAUCAAGAACAAUGGACAGGUCUACACGUACCCCGACGGCAAGGCUGGAAUGGCCACAUGUGAGAUGUGCGGCAUGGUCGGAGUACGAGACGCCUUCUACUCCAAGACCAAGCGAUUCUGCAGCGUCUCGUGUUCGCGGAGUUACUCCUCCAAUUCCAAAAAGGCGAGCAUCCUGGCAAGACUACAGGGCAAACCUCCAACGAAGAAGGCCAAAGUCUUGCAGAAGCAGCCUCUUAUGGCCAAACUGGCAGCUUACGCUCAGUACCAGGCGAGUCAACAGAACCAGGCCAAAUCAAAAGCAGUGGUUCCCACAGAGAGCUUUGACUGGGGUCAGUACAUCUGUAGCAAUAACACGGCCGGCGCUCCCGUCAGCUGUUUCAAACAUGCGCCGAUGGGGACGUGCUGGGGAGACGUUGCGGAAGGAGUGAGGAUUGAAGUGAUCAACUCUGACACCAGCCUCCCCACAAAGGUCUACUGGAUCGCAGAAAUCAUUAAGCUAGCAGGGUUCAAGGCUCUCCUGCGAUACGAGGGUUUCGACAGCGACAGCAGUAAAGACUUCUGGCGUAACCUCUGCGUCCCCGAGGUUCACCCGGUCGGAUGGUGCGCCUCCAGUGGGAAACCUCUCGUACCUCCCAAAAGCAUUCAGCAUAAAUACUCUAACUGGAAAGUCUUUCUCGUGAAGCGUCUUACUGGAGCUAAAACACUGCCACCUGACUUCAACGCCAAGGUACACGAGAACAUGCAGUUUCCCUUUAAAAAGCUGAUGCGAGUUGAGGUGGUAGAUAAGAACUACCUGUGCCGGACGCGGGUGGCGCUGGUGGAGCAGGUGAUUGGCGGUCGCCUCAGGCUGGUCUAUGAGGAGAGUCAGGACGGGUCCGAUGACUUCUGGUGCCACAUGUACAGCCCGCUCAUCCACAGCAUCGGCUGGUCGCGGAGCAUCGGGCACCGCUUCAAGCGAUCUGAUAUUACAAGGAAAAUCGAGGGGAAAAUGGACGCUCCUGCGCCGCUCUUCCAGAAGGUGAAAGACGUGGACCAGAGCGGGGACUGGUUCAGAGAUGGGAUGAAGCUCGAAGCCAUUGACCCCCUCAAUCUCUCAGCUAUAUGUGUAGCCACUGUAAGAAAGGUUUUGGCAGACGGGUACCUCAUGAUCGGGAUCGACGGUUCGGAGGCAGUGGACGGGUCAGACUGGUUCUGUUACCACGGCACCUCCCCCUCCAUCUUUCCUGCCGGCUUCUGUGAAAUCAACGACAUUGAACUCACGCCCCCUAGAGGGUACACAAAACUACCAUUUAAAUGGUUUGACUACCUCAGAGAAACAGGAUCAAUAGCUGCUCCUGUCAAGCUAUUUAACAAGGACGUUCCCAACCAUGGUUUCCGACAAGGCAUGAAGCUGGAGGCCGUGGACCUGAUGGAACCACGGCUGGUGUGCGUCGCCACGGUGACCAGGAUCGUGCACCGGCUACUGAGGAUCCACUUUGACGGCUGGGAGGACGAGUACGACCAGUGGGUGGACUGCGAGUCGCCGGACCUCUACCCGGUGGGCUGGUGUCAGCUGACGGGCUAUCAGCUUCAACCGCCCGCGUCACAGAGUAACAGAGACAUGUCUCAGUCUGUCCCCAAGCAGAAGAAGAAGGCCCAGCAAUACAAAGGCCAGAAGAAAAAGAGGAAGAUUCCGGUUGGUCGGCGGCCCUUCGGUCAGACAGGCGCAAGGAGGAGCAGCUUCUCAGGGGACGAAGAGCAGAGUCCGCCCCCUUACCCCAUCCAGGGCCCUGCUCGGCCCCGCCCCCGAACCCACCUCCACCAAACCCACAAAUCAGAGUCUCUGCUGCGGAUGAAGGAGGAGGCGGCGGAGGUGGACGAGUUCACGUUCUCGCAGGGAACGUCCGACCAGGAGAGCAACGGCUCGGGCAGCUACUACAUCAAACAGGAGCCUUGAGGUUGCGGCGUGAGGGGGCGGGGCUAAGUACACACACAUGAACACACAUCAGGAAGAAUCACAACAAGCCUCAAAUCUCACGCUCGCCGACUGACGACGACGCCUGCCGCGGAUCUUCUCUGGAGUUGACGAUGAGUCAGCGAAAAAUAAAAAAUCCUGACGGAACAUCGCAGCUGUGUGUGCACCGAGGUUUCUGGGAGAAACGGCUCCGGCUUUUGUUUGCUACCCGGAUUUUUUCGGAUAUUUGGGCUUUUUUUUGUGUUUUUUCGUACGUGGGUUUUUUUUCCCCCUCCUCUCCUCUUCUUUUGGAAUCAUCCGAACUACACGGGAUUAUUUUUUAAUCUCCAGCAAAAACACGGGAAGGUCGACGGUAGGCCGUUCCGCCUCCGGAACUAGAAUCUGGGCCACGUACAGAGAGAGCGAGAGAGAGGGAGAGAGAGACCUGUACGAACUGUGAGAACCUUUCAUUGAGCCAGGUCUUUUUUUCCUUGUUUUUGUACAUAAACACACAGACACACGUAUAGGACAGCACAUAUACUUAUAUAUAUAAAUAUAAAUAUAUAUAAUUUGGUUUGGUUUCAGGUUGAUUUAAAAAAAUUCAGUCGGUGAGCGCCACCUACUGAGCAGCCUGAGCAGAGUCUGAAGCAGAGUCGUGUAUAUUUAGAUUUUUUUUUCACAUUUUUGCCAGGUGGACUUUUAUUUUUUU